CACGCUGUGACACUAAGGUGGCCGAGGAGGUUUGGCUGGGAGCAUCCAAGGACAGGGUCCUGGGGAAGCAGAGGGAGGGCAGAGCCUGUCCUGGCACAAGUGGCAGCAGCUGUUUCCCAGUGGCAGCCUGACACAGAGAUCCUGAGGGGAUAACUGUGUGUGUUUGGGCUGGGUCCCUGCCUUCCACCUCCCCGUGCCUUGCUCACAGAUGGUUUCCAGGCCUGGAAUGCCCAUUCAGGCACUGGGAAAAGCACAACAAAUGUGUUGGAAAGGUGGUUGGAAAAGCAGGACGUGGUAAAGAGCUGAUUUCUGUCCCGGGGUGGGUGGCUGGGGGUGUGGUGUGCACAGUUGGCUCUCACCCACACAUCUGCAGCACAACUGCCCAGGGAGGCGUGUUAAGGAAAGCUUUAGUGGGCACCUGGGGAGGAACGGGCAGCAGCCGGCAGGGCAUGGCCCUGGAGCACAGAGUGGGUGCCAGGAGCACACCCUCAGCCCUGGUCUGUGCUGGAGUCACUGCCCUCAGUCCUGGUCUCUCCCGGCACAAAUCACAGCCAUUUGUUGGGAAAACCCCACCUUUCGGGCAGCUGGGUAAUUAAAAAACCCCAAGCAGUCCCUGCCCAGCACCCUGAGGUGUUUGCCCUGAGUGUGGAGGUGGAAGUGUGGAAUUCCCAGAAGCACACAGAGACUCAGAAGGGUUUUCUGAGCUGGCUCCUCUCCGUUGUUGCCUCCCUCUUGCUAAAGGGCAGGUGCUGUGGGGCCAUCCAGGAUUGCCCCUCAGGCAGGAGGCUGGGCUGCCCCGAGUCAGUCCAAAUAACCCAGGAGCAGAGGGGCCAGGCUCUCCCUUGUCUCUGCUCCUCCAUCCCUGGCUGCAGAUUGCUGGAAUAUCAGCCAGCGAGUCCUCUGGCUGCUGCCUGAGGGCUGUUGUGCGCAGCUGUUUGUUGUUUUUUUAUUUGACUUUGCAAAAUUUUGCUUUGUAUUGCCCAGUGUGGAGGAUGGACCCUGGAACUCGGAGAUGCCAGCCGGGUUUGGCCACUGACCUGCUGGCCCAGGUGCCUCCAGCCAGGGCUCCAGCGCUGGCACACAUGGCAGGGAUGGCAGAGCACGGGGCUGUCUCUUUAAGGCAGAAACAGGAACUCUCUAGCUGCCACUUUGUGGAGUUUAGCCCAGAUCCCUUUUUCAUUAGAGCUUCAUUUCAUCUCCUCCUCUCUCCCCCGGCCCCACCUCCUCGAUCGGCAUUUCUGCAUCCUUUGUGUGCAUCCACAGCAGCAGGUGAAAGUCGGGCUGGCACCUGCACACAACCACUCCCACCCCUCCCUGUGGGCCGGACACUCCUCUGCCGCGAGAGAGAUCCCUUCCACACUCCGGAUCUUCCUCCUCCCGGGCGGGCUUGGCUGGGAGCAUCCCGGUCCUCGCCUGAGGCUGCUCUGCUGCUCUGACGGCUCCGGCUGCAGCAGCUGCAGCAGCGAGGGAGCUCCGGGACCCUGGGGACAGAGCUCUGCAGGGAGCCCAGCUCAGCUGGGGGUCGGGAGCUGAGCCUCGGGGGGCCGGAGCAUCCCCAGCAUUUGGAGCAUCCUGGAGUCCAGAGCAUCUCCAGCGUCCAGGGUAUCCUGGGUACAGAGCAGCCCUGGCAUCUGGGAUAUCCUGGGACGCAGAGCAUCCCCAGCAUCUGAAGUGCAGAGCAUCCAGAGCAUCUCGGUGUUGUGUUAUUCCUUGGUCCAGUGCAUCCAGAGCAUCAGGGUAUCCAGAGCAUCCUGCCAUCCCUGGCAUCUUGGGAGCCCUGCCUUCCAGCUCGUCCCCAGCAUCCAGAAGCAGCAUCCAGGGACAUCCCAGAGCAGGGGGAUUUACAGGAACUGCUGUGAGUAAUGGGGAGGGAACCUUGGUCCUGCUGAUCGGCUCCUGGGAAUGUCACCCUGCCCUGAGUGCCAGUGAAGAGAGACAGAGGGGGAAGAGAGGGAGAGGAGGAGGAGAGGAGAAGGAAGGACAGACACAGAGCGGAGAGGGAUGAUCGUCCUUCCCCAGCCCCGGUGAUGAUCACGUAGCACAGGCCACGCUGGAGAAGGUCCCCAGCCCAGAGCCAGCCCUGCCCCCGGCUCCGCAUGGAGGGGGACCUGGGGGCCCCCAAUGCCAGCGUGCUGGGGGAGCACUCCCUGCUCGUGGGCAGCAGCUGGGUGGCUGCCUUCCUCUGCUUCAUCAUCCUGCUGACCACGGCGGGCAACUUCCUACUCAUCCUCCUCAUCGUCACCCAGCGCUCCCUCCGCAACACCUCCAACUACUUCCUGGUGUCCCUCUUCAUGUCGGACCUGAUGGUGGGGCUGGUGGUGAUGCCCCCGGCCAUGCUCAACCAGCUCUACGGCCGCUGGGUGCUGCGGGGGGACUUCUGCUCCCUCUGGGCCUCCUUCGACGUCAUGUGCUGCAGCGCCUCCAUCCUCAACCUGUGCGUCAUCAGCCUGGACCGGUACCUGCUCAUCACGUCCCCGCUCCGGUACAAGCUGCGCAUGACAUCCUGCAGGGCGCUGGCGCUCAUCCUGGCCACCUGGACCUUGGCCGCGCUGGCCUCCUUCCUGCCCAUCAAGAUGGGGUGGCACGAGCUGGAGUUUGAGGUGCGGCCCCUGAACGUCACCGGCCGGGGGGACGAGGACCAGUGCCGGCUGCUGGUCAGUCUGCCCUACGCCCUGGUGGCCUCCUGCCUCACCUUCUUCCUGCCGUCCGCCGCCAUCUCCUUCACCUACUGCCGCAUCCUGCUGGCAGCGCGCAAGCAGGCCGUGCAGGUGGCCUCCCUGGCCUCCAACGUGGCCGCCACCGACGAGGCCGUGCCACAGGUCUCACGUGCCCCGAGCCAGCCCCUGGCCAGCAGUGAGAGCAGGAGGUUUACCAACAAGCACAGCAAGAAGGCUCUGAAGGCCAGCCUGACCCUGGGAAUCCUCCUGGGCAUGUUCUUUGUGGCCUGGCUGCCCUUCUUCGUCACCAAUGUAGCUCAGGCAGUUUGUGACUGCGUCCCGGCCGGAUUCUUCGAUGUGCUCACCUGGCUGGGCUACUGCAACAGCACCAUGAACCCCAUCAUCUACCCGCUCUUCAUGAGGGACUUCAAGAGGGCCAUGGGCAAAUUCCUGCCCUGCUGCCGGCGCUCCGCGGAGCCCCGGCCCAGCGCCAUCUCCCUGUCCAUGAGGAAUUCCAACAGCGGGCCCCGCGCUGCCACCUCCCUCAAGAACGUCCUUACCCUGCAGGCUGAGACCGACUCCAUCGACUCCGGGGCACCGGGGAGUGAGCCCAGGCUGCUCCCGGCGCCGCGAGGCCCCGGCGCUCGUUCCGUCAGCCUUUGGGAUGCGGAGCCCCCGGACACGGAGCUGCAGCUCGGCACCCCCGUGGCCUGAGUGGGCACACAGAGCUCUGUGUGCUGGGAACGAUCCCCAGAGCCCAACACAAACCCUCUGGGAGAUGAUUUGCCACAAGCCGUCUCCCCGUUCCCAGUUCCAGCACACGGUGCAGCUCACGGAGGGGAUGGUGGCCCCGGCACUAUCACAAGGAGGAUCAAACCGUGCAAAGCCAGGUGUGGCUGCUGAAUUAACCUGCUUUGUCUCUCUCUCUUUCAUCCCUCCUGUGCUCACCAUCACCAUCCCUUAACCCUUCCCGUGGCCUUUCCAUCUCUGGUGAGUCUGAACCUUGGAUUCCAGACUCUGUGUCUCUCUAAUCUCAAGCCAAGACUUGGCUUUGCACACACAGAGCUCAGCAGAUCUCCUCCAAGUGCACUGGGGGGAAUGGUGGAAAAACAUCCUGUGGCUCAUGGGCAAGAGGUUUGGAGCUGCUUCAGCAGGAACACUGAGGUUUGGGGCUGCUUCAGCCCCCGGAACAUCACAUCUUCCUGGAGCUGGGGCUGGAUCUCCUCCCUGGAGUCGUGUCUGUCUCAGGUUCCUGUCACACAGUGCACUCCAGCUCAGCGGCACCGCUGUGGCUUGUCACGCAGAGCUGCACUGUGGGGGCUGAAUUUGGUGCAGAAUGUCCAACACUAAUUUUUGGAUGUUCAGUGGGGGUGUGGGGUGCGACUCGCGGUGGCUCCAUGCGUGUCUCGCAGUAGUAAUGGGAUCAGCUCCUCCCACAGGCUCCAUCCCACAGCUUCCCACUCCUGGCACAGGACCAUCUCACUUCCCUCCAACAAUCCAUCACAUCCUCGAUGAUGCAGUUAGAAAAUAUACUUUCCCCCCCUCCUUCAGAUAAGAAUCUAAAGGAAAAUUGUAUUUGAAAUGACAAUGCCAGCCCCCUCCCCAGAGCCAUAAGCAGAGGGAACACUGAGUAAAUGUGACAAGUGGGCACUUCAAAAAGUCAAUAAAAGAAAUUAUUUUAGUAAAUUCUUUCUCAAGUGCCUUUGGGCUGGCAGUUGGCCGCUGUGCCCUCCCUGGACCCUUCACUUCAAGCCUUCUGCCUAAUUCCAUGACUGUUCUCCUGGAACUCCCUGACACUCAAAUGGACACAGAGCAUCCCUGGAUACAGGAUGCUGGAAGAAGCAGCCACACGCCAGGCCACUUUCAGUUUUCUUUCCAUGUUGCCCACGGAUGUUCCAGAACUGAACUGGAGUUUGUAUGACCAACCCAGCAUUUCUUUCCCACAAAUCCCUUGGGAGCCAGGGAUGAAUGACCGGGACACGCUGAGGGCCGAGCACAGGCUCAAACCUCAAACUGUUCAAUUUUGCCACAGAUGGAGCUUGGGGCUGGUGUUGAGCACCCAGAUCAAGACGUGCAUCUUCCCACAAUGGCUUUAUAUAAAUACAAGCUUGGACUACAGCCCGAGUUAAAAAGGAGCAGAAAAAGUUCCUGUGGAGUCUGGAGUUUGUUAGGUACCAAAUCAGCCUUGGGAGAUGGACAGAGAGAGAGGGAGAGUCACCUCUUCAAGCCAAAUGUUCAAAAGCAAUAAUUCCUUCCUGUCUCAUGCAGGCAGUUCUGUGUAAUUAGGUGUUUGCUUGUGGACAAACCCUUGGAUGAGCAGAGGAAUCCCAUCCCAACCCGGCAGCCAACAGCCCCAACAGCAGCUGGCUGAACAGCCCCAUCUCUGUGGCAUCCCACAGCCAGUCCCUCCCGUCUCUGCAGUGAGCCACCACUCCAGGUCAGAGCUGGGCAGGUCUGAGCCACCUGGGAUGCUGGAUUUAGGGAGAGGAAUUGCCAGGCCCUGUAUCCAAACCACCAUGCUUUGCUGAGUUACAGCAUCACCCCCAAACCCAGCCGUGUCUGACUCCAUGAGGAAUGAUCUGCAGCCACCACCACCAAGAGACUUGGGUUUGGCUCUGACAGAUGGAAAGAAUGAAGUUGGAAAAAAUUACAGAAUCAUGGAAUUGUUAAGGUUGGAAAAGAUGUUUAUGGUCAUCAAGUCCAUCAUGCCAAGGCCACCACUAACCCAUGUACUGAAGUGCCACAUUCACAUGUUUUUUGAAUGUUUCCAGGAGUGGUGGAAUCACCACUGGGUAAGUGUCCAUUGACCAGCCUGAAGUGGCUGCAGUGUUUGGGGUACACUCUGGUGCUGGAUGACUUUUCCUCUGAGAGGUUUAAAAGCCUGGGCCUGGCUGAGUACCACCCCCCAAAUCUUGGGUGCCAAGAGGGUAAAGGAGGAGCUCUGCCAUGGGAAGAGAUACCCAGGCAGGAGAGUUCUCUUUGUUCAGUUGCCUGCUCUUGCAAAAGGUGUCCUCCAGGUGCCUCAGCUCCCUGUAAAAGCCAAGAUUACCUUACUUAAAUUAAGGCAGAGUCAUUAAACCUCACUGAAAUUCUCAGCUGGAAGCUGCACUGAUCCAUCUUGCCCUGUAUAAAACUAGGAGUUAUGGGUUCAUAUACCAAAUAAAGGUCAACAGUAUGUGUAAAAACCCAGACAGUUUUAUUGUAAAAUGAAUUCCACUACAAGAUAACUCCUUCUGAGGUGGAUGUUGGAGAGUUUCCUUCCAAUCAGGGCACAGGAGGAGAGGAAAUCGCCUCUGCAUGUGAUUGUUCUUGAUGCUAAAGGCCACGCGGCUGGAGAGGCUGAAAUUCCUUUCCCAUUCCAGGUGUCCCAAGUGCUUGCUGUACCAACAGCAUCCCCAGAUACUUCAGCCUCGCUGGUAAAUCCCAUUUUUAGCAGUUUAAACCUUCCUGACCCAGCCAGAGAGCAGUCUUGUCCUUUUAUUUUCCCCAACCUUGCUGGUAAGUAGGAAAUUUCCACGGCAGGGAAUACCCAUAACCUCAGUCCCAGGAUUCUUGCUUCUCAGACACAGGGAUGACACCCCCUGAGAUGUCAUCCAGGAAGGGAUGAUGAUGGCAAGAGCUUUUCACAGAGCCCUGUAAAGACCCCAACCCUGGGCCCUCUGCUCAUCUCCUGCUUGCUUCUGCCCGGUGCCAGAGCAAUCCUUCAGCUGCCCCAUCCCUGGCGGUGUCCAAGGCCAGGCUGGACAGGGCUUGGAGCAACCUGGGAUAGUGGAAGGUGUCCCUGCCCAUGGCAGGACGUGGCACUGGAUGGGUUUUAAGGUCCCUCCCAACGCAAACCACUGUGGGAUUCAGGGCUGUGCCAGUACCAGGGUUCCCAGCACACCUCUCCUAAAGCUGAAGACAACCUUUCCCCCACAAAUCCAACCCCCUGAGCUGUUUGUGUGAAGCAGCUUUGGAGGGGCACAUUUGGCUGCACUGAGGGCUUGGAGCAAACGGAAGGAUUUAAUCAGCACAUCAGGAAUACAAAUACGUGACUUAAAUCUGUCCAGAUGGCUCAACGGGCUCUGGAUGUUUUGAACAGAUUAGUUAAUUAAAAUAAUGAACCCUGGAAGGGUUGGGAGCUGUGGACAUUGUCCUCUGGAGAAGUACAACCCUUUUAAUUCUCACUCAGGGGGGCUGUAGGAAGGAAUGAGCAUGGCCUAGGGCAAAGUGGGCAGAGACCGGAAGGAACUGGAGUUACUGGGAGCAGGGGCUGAAGGCUCUUGGAUUGCUGCAUUCAGAAUCUCUCCAGUCACACCAUCUGCCUGCCCUGCCUUGGGAAUGAUCAGCCUGCUGUUACUGAGUCAUUAGUCAGAGAGAACAAAUUUCCUCUGCCACUCUAAGGACUGAUUUUCAUUACUCCUCAGUAUCCAGCAGCUUCCACUAAAACAACAGGGAAUUCCUCUUCCCUGAGUACCAUGAUCCCUGAGAGAUGCUGGGUAUGAGCCAUUCUGAGGAGCUCACACAGCUGAAAGAAAAGCUGAGACCUUGUGAGAGUCUGUCCCUCUUGCAGCUCUGCUCAAUCUCUUCCAAAGAAGCUCACUCCUCUCUCUAGGAUAGCAGAGGAGAGGAUUCCAUAAAGCUGGACCAGAGCAAUCUCUGAGAAGUGUAAGAGGAGGGAGGACUCUCUGUGCUGCACUGAGCCACCAGCAAAAGAACAGCAAACAAACUGCCUUGCCUCUUUAAAGCCAUCCUGGUGGGAAAACCCAGCAAUUCCAGCUCACUAAAGCCUGUUUUCAUUUUCAAUCUGAAAGUCUGAAUUCCUCUGCUGGGCAGGUGGUGCUGGAGAUGGGAGGGGAACACCUACAACAUUGUCAAUAAAAACUUAAAAGGCAAAUAAAGAACUAUAUUUAUAUUUGUGAGAACAAAGUGCAGGGGGAAUGUAGGACAAAAGGAAGAGUGCUUGGCACCAGAGGAAAUACAUUUUUGCUUGUUGUAAGGAAAGCAGUGGGGAGGAUUUAUUUGGAUUGUUUAGGUCACUUGCCCCAGACAUAUUUGGGAUCAGUCAACCAUUUGACUUUAUGAUUGCUUUGACUCACUGGGAGCCACGAGCCAGCUGCCUCUGGCACUGCUGCUGCAGGACUCCAGUGCCACACUGGGGAUCUCCAGAGGACAAAGCUGAUGGCUUUGCCCAAGGGGAUCCAUCAGCCAGUCAACUCAGCACGUUUGGAAAGGUUUUCAAGUGCAAACCCACCCAAAAGUAUCAAAAAAGUCCCUGAGAACAAUCAGUUGUGACGAUUAAACUGCCUGGGCAGUGUUUCUGUUGGAUACAGAGGAUUAAGAAUCCCGGAUUCUCUCUGGUUUGACCACCAGGAACUCGGUGUGUCCUGGAGCAGGUGCUGCCAAGGGAAGGGCAGAGGAAGGGCAAGGAGAAAGGAGACAUUCCCCACGAUCCUGGCUCUCCACUGGCUCAGACACAGGCACGACUCAGUCACAACACUGAUAUCACAACACUGAUGUCACAACAAUGACGUCACAGGGACAAGCUUGGUACAGCAAGAUAACACUUCACUGCUCACUCCAGAGCCAAGAACCUUCAGAUCCAUCCAGUGUCCUUCAAAAAGAGCUCCUCCACCCAUCCCAAGCAGCCAACACGGGAGUGCAUGUGGCUCCAAAUGCUCUCCAGGGCUAUGGAACUGCCAGAGCUCAGCUGAGUGUCCCUCACCCCUUGGCUCCCUGUGGACAGGGCAGCUCAGCUGGUCCUUCCUCCUGCUCCCCCUCACCAAACCCCCCAUGGAUUCACAGGGAAUCACUGUGGAGGCAAGCAACGUGGUGGGGAAUGCACAGGUCACUCAUACACCUGAGAAUUUCACUGCUUUGAUGUGUUUUAAGCCCAUCAAGCUCACAGAGCAACUUCAUUCCACAGUAAAAGAUCCCCUUAAGUUCAAACACCUCUGCAGAGCUUGGUUAUUUCAGCAGGAGCAGCAACAACCUUGGAGGGGAUCCUUCAGGAUUCCCUUUUGGCUAAUACCGUCUGUUUUCAUAGCAAAUGGUAUUUUAUGGGGGCUGAAGGAGUUCCUGGAGUGAGCUGAAGGUUCUGGAGCUUAGUGGAUAAUCACAGCUCACCUCCCAAGAGCCCUCACCUGCCCUGGGUGUGACACACAGAGUGAAAUCAAAGGGCAGAGCCAGCUCAGCCCCUCUGGGUAUUGCUAUUUUUCACUCUCCCUUUCCCAAAGCUACAGUGAAUGUGAUGUCCAGGACAAGCACUGGAGUCCAGCCCUGCUCUGAACUGAACUGCCAGGUCUGGGAGCUGUUGGUGCAGAAAGAAAGGAGCUCAGAUGUUCCUGCUGCUUUCCAAAAACUCCUCAGUUCUGGAUGCUGCCUCAGAAGCCACACAGCCCAAAUGGUGGCACAGGCGGAUGGAUUGCAGGGCUCCCAAGCUCUGCCAGGCUAUAUCUCAAAAUCCAGUCAGCUCUGCCAAGCUGGCAUGCUGCUCUGGUCACAGAUGUUCCCACAUGUCAGUGAAAGCCUUAAUUCUGACUCUGGCUACACCCUGCAUGACAGAGGGCAUCCACAGAAUCUCAGAGUGGUUUGGGCUGCAAGGGACCAUGAAGAUGCUCCAAUUCCACCCCUGCCAUAGACAGGAACACCUUCCACUGUCCCAGGCUGCUCCCAGCGCCAUCCAGCCUGGCCUUGGGCACUGCCAGGGAUCCAGGGGCAGCCACAGCCUCUCUGGGCACCCUGUGCCAGGGCCUGCCCACCUUCACAGGGAAGAAUUCCAUCCCACUAUCCCAUCUAUUCCUGCCCUCUGGCAGUAGAAGCCAUUCCCUGUGUCCUGUCCCUCCAUCCCUUGUCCCCAGUCCCUCCCCAGCUCUCCUGGAGCCCUUUUAGGCCCUGGAAAGGGCUCUGAGCUCUCCCUGGAGCCUUCUCUUCUCCAGGCUGAACAAUCCCAAUUCUCAGCCUGGCAGAAAAUGUCCUGGGUUUCCCCACAGUUUUCUGACAGCUCUGGCAAAGCCCUGAUGCUGCCUGGGCAGAGGAGCUGGAAAAUCCAGAGACAGAGCAGAUUGCACAGCAGGAAACAGAAAACAUUCAUACCUUGACACAGGCUCUGCUGAAUGUAGUUAGAAUAGGAACAAAAUUCUUCUGUUUGGAUCCUCAGGAAACUAUGUCUAAGUGAGGACAGUGAAUACAUCCAAUAAUUCAGAAGCUACAAUUUAAAUGGAUUUAUUAAGAAAUUUAUUCAAUUCACCAAUUGAAUUUGGCACCUGCAGCAAUCCUGGGCACCAGCAGUCCUUGAGAAACCAAUAAAAAUAUAUUUGAGGAAAAAUUGAUAGAGCUGAAUUUAUUUUGGAAAUCCUGACAAUGCCAUUUGCAUUAUUCCUCUUUAAUGUUUCUAUUUCUGCUCAGCCAAAUUGAGGAAAGAAAGACUUAUCCUGCUGAGGCUCAGAGGCUCUGCUUUCACAUCACCCCUUUGCACAAUCACAGUCCUUGUGGACAGAAUAAGGCACUCAAUUCUUAUUUUUCUUCUAAUUUCAACACUCACUUGACUGGUAAAAGUUCUCCUUUCAUUGCAGUGACAUUUUUGAGCCAGACUGUAAUUUUUCCCUGCAAUCAUCUUUCAGCCACAACAGAUUGAUCCAGUCAUUGUACCACUUCUGGGGUGGUAAUUGAGGGAUGUUCCCCUCAGACACCCUCAGGCAAUUCUACACCAAGGCAAGAGUUUUUCCCAAGAGUUUUUCCCAUCAAACUUUGAUAUGUUUUGUGAUCAAUGUUCAAAAUUCUGAGUAAUCACUGGCUUUUGCUGGAUUCAUCCAUUGCUGAAAAUCUCUGCCAGCUUUAUGCUCAAUUUACCUUCAGCAAUUCCAAGAGAAAGAUGGAGAAGAGUAAAAUACAGAAUAUAACAAGAAAACCCAGGAAACAAAUGGAAGAAUCAAGUUCUGAAGGUCUAAGGAACAAAUGGAGACCAGCUGUACAUUAGUGACAACAGGCAGCACAAAACUGGGAAUUAAUAUUCUGAAUUAGUAAAAGAGUCCUUGAAAGAGUUUCAAGGGAAAUGUGCCUUCACAAAUGUCCCUCUGUUGCCAGUAAUGCACUCCAAGGCAUCCUCCUGAAGGAAACAGCUCUUCCAUUGAUUUCUCAGCUGUUUGUGGAGCUGCUGUUGACUAUUUUUUGUUGAUGGUCUCCCCAACAACUGCCACUCAUUUAUAAGGUAGCUACAAUUAAAUACUCAUUUUUCAGUGCUAAGCCAAGUGGAAAUUAUUUAAAUUCAAUAGUUCAAACAGUAUUUUAAAAGACCCAGUAUAAACUGUGCAUAUAAUUAUCACUGGGAAAUAAUUUCGACAUAAUGUCUUGGGCCAUGGAGGACCAGAGAUCCUAAAAAUAAAGACUGGAUUGAUACACUGAAUUGGAGUGUUCCUAGAAAGAGCUUUGGGGAUCCAGGUGUCUGCCCCUAGAAACCACAGCAGGCCACUAGUGACCCAAAAUGCUGGACAUAUUGAUCACACCAGGAUUAUGGAAAAUUCUUCAGGAUUCCACUCAAGAACAUUGAGAUGAGGUUUGGUGUCCAUAACCAGAGGGAUGCAUCAGGACCAGCCUGAAGCAGAGGGUGACUCCUGCGACCCCCAAAGGGGUUGUCACCCUUCCUCUCCCCAUCUUCCUCCAGGAAAACACAAGAUUUGGCAGCUCAAACAUCUCUGCUGCUUUCAAACGAGGUUCUCAGCCCAACCCCACAAAACAAGGUCACCUGAGAUUAACUAAAGGAAUUUUCCUGAUUUUGGGGACAAUGACCUGUUCUGACUCAUCCCUCAUGAGCUGAUGGCAAUAAUGUGUCUGGGCAAGAAGUCUGGGGCAUUUAGAAAAUUCCAAGAGCUGUGGAGCAGUGCCACGUCUCUCCUAAGCAAUGUGAUAUCCUAUAAAUCCACCUCAAUGGGAUUUGCAGUAGGUUUAAGCCCUUCCCUUCUGCCAGUGUCACCAGGGCAGUGACACCUUCGUGGUAUUUCAGUGACAUUCAGCUCCUAUCAAUAAUUCAGCUCCUCUAAUUGCAGCAUCUCAAACACAUGAUGUGCACAAGGUGUCAGCAAAGUCAGCUUUCCCCCUGCUUAACACUUCUAAUUGGCUGUUGCACUGGGAUUUUGUUUCCAUGUUAGCUGAGAAGGUCAGGAUGGGUGCUCAAAGGGAGCAGAGAAAUAAUACAGAAUCAGUGUUCGUGUUCCAGCAGAAGACAGGAAAUUAAAAGCUGAAUUUUCUAGCCUUAAUUCACCUGCCUGGGCUCUGUGUGGCCAUUCCUGAAGAAUCCAGCUGAAGAGUACUUUGGGAAAACUCCCACUGCUUUGCUCCACAAAGGGCUGGGAUGGGGAAAGCUGCCUGCAAAGCCAACAGCUACAGACCUGCCACUGCAAACCAGGAAAGAACAGGGGGUGCAGCGCCUGCACUUGCAGGAACUGUCCCAUUUCCACAUGCAAAGUGCUCUAAGGGGGAAUAGAAAAUCAGUCAAAGGUGAUUUGUGAUGCCAGUCGUUAUGUUCCGUGGGAGAAAGAUGUGCUGGCACCACAACUUUGCUGGCUCUGCAAAGGAACAGUGAAUUUCCUCUGUUGGACUGCAUUUGAUGGAAAUCCAGACCACCUGUGAGUCACUCAAACGUGGCACUGGUCCCCUCAGCUCUUCUGGAGUUGAAGGAGAUGCUGCAGUCCCAGGAAUUCAGCCCUGCCCAGGGUAGCUGGGGGCUGUGAGCACUCUACACACUCCACAGAUAACGUGGAAUCCCCUGUGGAAGGGUACACAUGUGUUCCAGGCACCAUGGGGGACUGGGAAAAUCCCUCCUGUAGAUCUGCAGGAAAUUGUGGCUCUCUGCUUGUUGUGGGAAUUCCCAGUUGUGGGAAUUUAGGAAUUUGGGCACCAACCUUAUGAAAUAUGAGUCCUGUAAAAUGGUUCUCUCUGCCUUUAGAAGCAGCUGAGCAUCCCCAGGCUCCCACAAAGCACAUCCAGCUCGAGCAGUCCGUGUGUGCUGGAGCGAGGAGGGACAUCAGCCUUUGAGGUUUGUCAGCCACAAAGCAAAAACAAACUGCAAGUUAUUAAUGGCCUCCUUUGCACUUUUCUUUUGGAAAAGCUUUUUCAGUUUCUUCCUCUGUUCUAACACAGUGACACUGCCAGCACCCUCUGCUUGUGUCCCAAAAGGAAAAACAUAUUAAAUAUGUAUUUAAUGUGGGAUUCUUGGAGCUCCCAAAUCAACAGCAUGGAGGAGCACAGAAGAUGAAGCCACUGAUGAUUCCAGGGCCGUGGAAGCCAUCCCUGUGACCUCACAGCCUAACAGACAGAUGGAAUUAUUUCCACAAGGCCCUGGAUGUUGCCCUGAGGGGAGAGGGGCUCUCCCAGCUCCUCCAGGCAGCUGCCUGAACCCGAGUUCUGCUCCAAGCUCUUGUUCCUCUGAUCCUGCCCUUGGGGAGGUGGCACUGCUCACUGGGAACAAGUGAAACAAAGGAGCAAUGACAUACUGGCAUCCUUUUUUUUUUGCCUUUCCAACUCCCCAGGGUUCUUAAUUAAUCCACAUUUUGUAACCACAAUUAAUUUUUUGCUGCAAGUCUUGGGAAUACAGUGGGAAAAGCCACAAUUUAAUGUGUUUGGAGAAAAAAAGCCUGACUCACAGAAGUGCCAAAUCAAUUGGAUUUCAAGAAAUUCAGACUUUCCAUCUGCUCAUGGUAUUGAUGUACCUGACUGCCUUGAAUCUGUCUUCCCUCUUAAUGGGAAUUUUGGUCCCUUUUCUGAGAGCUGACAGGAGGGUGGAUCCAGGUGGGGGGUUGGUCUCUUCUCCCAGGUGACAAGUGAGAGGACAAGAGGAAAUGGCCUCAGUCUGUGCCAGAGGACAUUUAGAUUGGAUAUUAGGGAAAAUUUCUCCAUGGAAAGGGCUGUUCAGCCCUGGUACAGGGCAAGGAUGGCAUUCCCUUCCUUGGAGGGAUUUAAAAACCGUGUGGAUGUAGCACCUGGGGACAUGGGUUAGUGGUGGCCUUGGCAGUGCUGGGGGAAUGACUGGCCUCAAUGGUCUCUUGAGAGCUUUUCUCCCCUCGCCAAUUCCACGAUUCUAAGAUCCAUCCCUGCUCUCCUCUGGACUUCCAGCCAUGCAUUCUCACUGCCUCUAAACCUGCAAGUUCACCCCUAACUGCUGCUGCUGUGAAACUGCCCAUUCCUGACUUGCUGCUGACUCCCGAGCCUCCCUGAAGGUGCUCCUUCAGCAGUUCUGCAAUAUUCAAGUAUUAAUUCAGAUUGCACUGAACAAACUCUCCUGGGAACAAACAGCAAUCAGGAUAAUCCCCUGCAGCUCCACAACCUCCUUGGUCUCUAACAGGUGCUGUCAAAUAAAUCCACAGAAUAAAUCAGCCUCUUUGUAACCAUGAGGAAGGAUUUUAUAACUGCAUUUGCUGAGUGGGAGGAUAUUUUUCUCUUUGCCUUUUUACUGACAGUCAGAUAAAACCACACUAAUCAAGAGAGACAUGAGAUGGAGCCCUUGGAGAUGAAUUGCUGUUUAUACUGAGGGCUCCUAAUCCUCCACUCUUUUGAGGAUUCUGGUGCUACAGCAAAGAGAACCAAGCUGUUUGGAUACAGACCAGUUUUCAUUAUGGAUGGACCAGGAGAUGCCAAAAAUACUGACGGUGCCUUCAUAAUAUCUUCAUGCUGAGCUCCUCUGCAUCAGCUAUACUUUACUCUUCUAUCACAGCUUGUCCUUCUCCUGGCAGGACACUCACAAAGACCUCCAACAAGGGCAACUGCAGGGGUGGAGCUGGUCUCCAUAAAGAAAAUAGCUGUAUCUCUACAUAUCUCUAAACAUCACUUUGUGUUUUUCUGUUAUGCUACUGCACUGUACUUGCAGCAAAAUCCAUCUUUGCUUUCUUGCCACUUUAAAAAAUAUUGCCUCUGGAUAUUUCCUUCCCCAUUCUUGUUCCUUUUAUUUCUAAAAUGUUUACCAGAAUGCACUAUAUUUCUUCCCAUGGUCUGGAAAAUGGAUCAAGGCAAUGACAUCUACUUAACAUACAUUUUUCCUCCCCAAAGCUUUGCAGUGAGAUGAAGGAAGUGUCAAUUCCUUCUGAAGGAGAGCAGCACUGGGACUGACUGCUGGCAGCAGGCAGCCAGGAUGCAGACAUACAGCCCUGGAGACGAGGAGAGAGCAGCUCUGCAAACCUUAUUCAUUCAGCUGAAAUGUAAAUCCUGCUCCUCUGAGGGGAGUGGAGAAGCUGCUGUGAUCCAGCCAGGAUAAAGUGUGCAGGGCUCCAGGGGGUUUCAUGCUUCAGGAGGCAGAGGGUCAUGAGAAGGAGGGUCUCUGAAGAGAGCUCAAAAAGAGAGGGGUGACAUGGACUGACUGACAGGAAAUGUCACCCCCGUGCCACCACUUGGCAUCUUGGGCCAUUUUCAUGCCAGCAACAGAUGUCAGAGAGCAAAUGAGUCCUGGCAGCUCUGGGACAGUGAGAAAAUGGAUGUGGGAGGGUGGAAAUGCUGACAACCCAGAGAGAUGCAAAGAUGGAUGGGCCAUGUUUAAAAGGCUCCACUAAACCCCUUCCUCCUGGGAAGCCCCUGCUUUGUUCCUCCAAGUGUCUGUUCUCUCUGCUCAGCACCAAGCCCUGCAUGGGCUGCCAAGGGCUGUGCAGAGCUCAGUUAUCAUGAAUGAAAUGAGUUGAGAACAGUUGGGUAUUUAUAGGCUCAGCAAGCUGGUGCUCCAAAAAACCUAAAAGCUCUUUAAAGUGCCUUUAGCUCCAGAGCAGCACUGAUGGUCCCUGACAGCUUGUGGGGACACUUGGGAAGAAGAGUCGACCAUGGAAGUAUCCCAAGCUUUGUGUUGGGCAUCUUCCAGUUUGCAGAGAGUAAACAAUAAAUUAAAACAUUAGGAUAUAGAAAAAACACAAUGGCAUGUCCAAGAUUUCUGUGAAUAUGGAUACACAAGGCUCUCAAGCAGAGAUUCCUCCAGGACUUCCAGAUCUUCCAAGGGAAUUCUCAGCAGCCAGCUGACACGGCAGAUCAACACCCUGGCUCGAGCAUCAUAGGAUCCUUGAAGAGAGAAAAGCCCAGGAAAUCAGUCUGAUGGCACAGUUUAGUUAAGGAGCAGAGUACUCAAGGAACAUGUCAGAGAGCAGCUCUGUCCCCCAGGCCCUCUUUUUCUUCCAGAAACAUGAGAAGAGACUGAUAAAUGGAAAAUCCUUCUUCCCUGCAAACAGAGGCACCACACCAGGUAAAGCCUCUGUGGCAGGAAAAGGAUCUCAGAUCCUUUGGUCUCCAUUCUCUGCGGCAGAGGCCUGCUGGCAACUUUUCAACAGAGAAAUGCUGCAGCAGGACCACUGCUAACUGGAAAUAUCAAACAUGUCUGUGUGGGUAACUGGGCACAGCCCACCUCACCUGCACCACUGCAGGAAGGUGGCAUUUUGUAAAAAUGCACCUCCAUGAAAAAGCUUUAUCUUCUCCUUUGGUGGCAGCAAGAGGCACUCAGGAGUGUAAAAGCUACACACUAGCUCCUCCAGCAGCACCACGGACAAAUGUUUGCUUUUACACUCCCUGCUGGAGAUGCAGGAGUGGACAGUGCACUCAGACAACAGCAGACAACAGAACUCAAUACUCCUGGUUUUCACCUACUACUUCCUGAUGUUUGGCUUUUAUAAAGGGUUCUUGGUGCACUCUGGAAUGAAAAACACAAUUGUUUUUUCUCAAGGCAACCAGCAGAAAAUAUUUUAGGCUGAGAUUUUCAAAACAGCUUUACUGCCUUCCCAAACGAAGCGAUCACCUGAUUCUCCCAUUGGAGAAAAACCACCCCACUCCACCACCAUUUACAUCUGCUUGGCAAUGUAUGGUGUGUGAAGGUAAGGAGGUGAAGAGCUGCUCAGUUUCCAGUGGGUAUUAUCAACCAUUCCUAAAUGAAGAGUUGUUUUUCCUGAAGGGGAUGCAGGAAAGGAGUGUGCGGCUUUUGCCAGAGAGGAAGCUGAGAUGAAAUAGGAUAGUACCUUUUUGAGCACUUCAAAGUAUCAGAUGUAAACUCAACUAUAUUAUUUUUACAAAGAAA